AGCUAGGUGUAUGGUUUUCCUUGGGCUGUGCAUACAUUGCUUUGGAAGGCUACGAAGGUGCUGCCAAAGCAUUUCAGCGCUGUGUGACAUUGGAACCAGAUAAUGCUGAGGCCUGGAACAAUUUAUCAACUGCUUAUAUCAGAUUAAAACAGAAAAUCAAAGCAUUUCGAACACUCCAAGAAGCUCUCAAGUGCAACUAUGAGCACUGGCAAAUAUGGGAGAACUAUCUUCUCACCAGUACAGAUAUUGGAGAAUUUUCAGAAGCAAUUAAAGCUUAUCACCGGCUCAUGGACUUAAAAGAAAAGUACAAGGAUACACAGGUGCUGACUAUUCUGGUCAGGGCAGUAGUGGAUGGUAUGGCAGAUCGCACUGGAGAGGUAGCGAGUGGAUUGAAGGGGAAAUUGCAAGAGCUCUUGGGCAGAGUGACUUCACGAGUGACAAACGAUGGGGAGAUCUGGAGACUUUAUGCCCGACUUUAUGGAAAUGGACAGAAUGAUAGUGGUGAAGAAAUUGAAAAGUCACUGCAGUAUCUCACUAAGGCAUAUAAAUGUGAAAUUCAAUCAAGUGAUUGGGAAAAAGAUGUCUCUUCUUUUAAGAAAGUGGUGAAAGGAGCCAUAGAGAUUGCACAUGUGGCUAUAAAAUGCAGCAAGAAUAAAUCUAAUCAUCAGGAAGCUUUGCAGAUACUUUCCUCAGCCCGACUCAACUUACGUGGCUUGUCAUCCAAAGCAAAGCAACUUUUUGUCGAUGUAACAAGUAAUGAGGUUCACAGUGAGAUAGCUGAUGAGGUGACAACCAUGGACAACAUGAUUACUGAACUUCAGGAGCUGAGCAACCAGCUGAGAGACCAGUGCUGACCUACAGACCAGGUUUCGCAACAGGAAGACAAGAAUGACAUCUUUCUUUUGCCACAGCUUUUGCUGAUGAAACUGUAACAAUUCUAACACAAAACCAGUCUCAAUAAACAUUUUUCUGUACA